UAAAUAUAGAGUAAAACUGCUGACCAGUUGAAUAUAGAGUAAAACUGCUGACCGGGCGUGUACCUGUAUAUAUUUAAUGUGUGCAAAGUGCUGACCAGUUAAACGUAGAGUAAAACUGCUGACCAGUUAAAUAUAGAGUAAAACUGCUGACCGGCCGUGUACCUGUAUAUAUUUAAUGUGUGCAAAGUGCUGACCAGUUAAACGUAGAGUAAAACUGCUGACCAGUUAAACGUAGAGUAAAACUGCUGACUGGCCAUGUACCUGUACAUAUGAUAGUUUUUUGUGGUCAGCAAAUUCUCACAUAUCUUAUAUAGCGCUAUAAAGCGUACGAUUACCGUUUUUUUUUUUUAUUCAGGUUAUUGCUCUGGUAAUCGGCGCUAAUGACAUCGGUAGAAGGCCAGCUGUCCAAAUUGUAGAAGAUAUCAAGAGACUAAGCUUCCGUCUGCACACCAUGUCUCCGAGUACAACAGUCCUGGUGUCCGAGAUCCUACCAAGGGGACGCGAUUUGUUCCAAGUGCAAACCCCCGACCGUGUAACUGCAGAGACUGUGUUUCUAGACGACUGGAAUGCUGUUGCUACUGAAGUCAACAACAUGCUGCACGUGCUUUCUAAGUCUACCAGUUGGUUCCAGACUAUCAGUCAGUGGGACUUUCACUCUUUAUUUGGCGCUGCUCGUCGGUUUCUGGGGAGAGAUGGACUACACCUCAAUAUCGAAGGCACUGAGAAGUUGGCCAACAUCAUCGAAACAGCAAUGGAGUCCGUACCGGCAGUUUCCGUACCCACGUAUUCUCCGAGUCGUGAGCCAGAGGCUACGUGCAUCGCACCUCCGGGAAGACCAAAUCAACCGUCACCGUCCGAUCAUCAGCAAUCCCAUGGUUGGUCCAAGGUUCAUAGGAUAGGUCGCAAGUCGUACUCAAGUCGUAAAACAGGUCGUCGGUCGUCUUCACGUCGAAAGUCGGGUGAACAAGCCUCGUCGGGUUCUGUUGGUGGUCAAUCGUUUUUGGUUGAGAGAGCUUUAGAAAACAGGAGAGUCUACGAAGCCGUUCGUGAUCUUCCAUCUGCUCCACUAUCAAACGGCCGGUAUCAAGCACCUGCACCUGCGUCGGUUAGAAGAUCAUCUACUUACCUACAGUCUACAAGUCGUCGCCAUGGUAACGGUUCCUCGCCAAGAGUUACACCUUCAACUAGUUCAUCACAGCGUUGUCGUAGAAAAACUCUUUUCAAUAGUGAUAAGUUUGUUUUGUGUGAAAAUGAAUGUAUGUAUUAUCUGAAUACCGAUGUGUCGUCAAAUCUCGUUGGGGGCGGAGUUGAAACACCAGUGUUUUCGUCCACUGAUAGGGUAUUAUCUUACGGAGAAGCGUCCUGCAUUCUGGAAUCAAACUUGCCUAGCAGCACUACGAAAGAUCCGCCUUACAAGCCUAAAGAAGGAAGCGUGUUUUUAUACUGCGACUCGGGAGAUGCUAACAAGAAAGAUGAUUGGAAAGCGGAUGGGUAUACCUGGCGCCAUAAUGGAAGGAAAGAGUACAAAGUCGAAGGGAAAAUAAUUGAAAGACACUUCUAUAAAAUAAGAAAUAACAAUGUUGUCAGUGGCGACUUUCAAAAACACGUCUUUAGGUUUAUAUCAGAUGGAUAUAAUGGUAAAACAGUUUUGGCCUAUUAUGGUAGCUCUAGCGCAUAUCAAUCGUUGCCGCAUGGAAACAGAAAGCGUAAUACUAGACCGUUCAAACGUACUAAACCUUCAGUCGUAGCAGAAAUUAAAACUAAAGUGACAACAAAAGAUAAUCCUAACGAGGUCCUAGAAAAAAUGAGAUCAGAAAAGUCACCAGAGUCUAAACUGAGGGGUGUUGCUGCUCCUAGAAACCUAAAACAAGUGCAAAACUUAAAACAAAGUGUUCAAAACAAUAAAAAGUUGUCACAUGACGCGAUGUUUGCCUUACAUUUAUUAGUGACUCAAUUAGAUGGAUAUAUAAUAAGUAUCAAAACAACGCCGGAUUUAGAAGUAGUUGUAGGAAAUGCGGAAUUAUUCCAGAAGUUAAAAAACUGA